AUGUGCAAGAUCAUGGAGUAUUGGUUCUCCUGCCAGCAUGGGUUUCAGUUGAGGAUAUCGCAGUGUGGAGGCACAAAGCACAGGAAGGUGCGAGGCGGGUUGACAGCUGCUUGCAAGUCUGAGUCGUACCUCAACAUUGUUUUUUCUAUCGACUGUGGACCUUGUCAGCACGAGACGUUCGAGAAGGGGUGGAAUCGAAAGCUUGAGUGGGCAAAGACGUUCCGAGGUAAGCUGAGGGAGAAAGAAAUGCCAGGUAUGCAGGAAGUGGCUGCUCUGGUCGAACAGCUGGAAGAUGACUUUAACACAGCAUCGUGGAACACUCGAGCUGUCUUUCCACAUUUUCAUAAGGAACGCAGCGUACGUGCCAGCCUAGGGCACUUCAGAAAGGCACCAUCGCCGCUCCGCCAAGAAGUGUUGCCUAGCGAUAUACGAGAACCUCCAGAGGUCAUUGAUCCCAAUCAUCCAGAUCACGAGUACGAUUGGGAUUACAUUGCCAGUACUGAUCCACUUCACCCGGUAGAUGUCAACUACACUCACCCGCUUGAAGAAGUCGAUCCCUGCUGGAUGCUGAACCACCUUUCGCCUGAAGAGUUCGAACAAGCUGGUGGGGAGGUCGGCUUUGAUGCCAACGAGUCCCCCGAUCAAUCUUCACGGUCCCCAGACACACCAGCGCCCAACUCAACACGUACUUUGUACGAUAAGUGGCGUCGACACAUCAGCAAAACCAGAGACACUGAUAGAGUCAAGUUCAACAAGAAUCUGCUCUUGCUCUCGAGAUGCGAGAUUGAGGAUGUUGAAGGACUGAAUGGGUGCUUUGUGCAGGAUCCGCAGAUACCACAAGAUGUAGAUGCGAAGAACGGGUAG